GUCUGACGUGGUGGUGCUGUGUUUCUCACUGGCCAACCCCAACUCCCUGCGCCAUGUCCGCACUAUGUGGUACCCUGAGAUUAAGCACUUCUGCCCCCGCACCCCUAUCAUCCUGGUGGGCUGCCAGCUGGACCUGCGCUACGCCGACCUGGAGGCUGUCAACCGCGCCCGCAGACCCCUAGCCAAGUAAGAUCACCCUCAUCCUCCUGAAACGGGUUUAAAUACAUGCAUAUUUAAGUUUAUUUUAAUUUGAAAUACUUAUUUUCUGUUUUAUUUGAGUAUUUUCAAAUAAUGUGCCCGAAUCCAACGACUUUUAUUUGAAGUAUUUGAAAGUAUUUUCAAAUCAUUUCCUAUAAAUAGACCUACUAUUUGAAACUAUUUUCAAAUAGCCAAGUUGUUUCCAAAUACAUCUCAAAUACCCCUAGGACAAUACAGACCUGGGUACAAAUGCAUGGAGUAUUUAAAUAUUUUUGUUUGAAAAUACACUUGUCUGUGUAUUUGACUUUUUUCAAUAGUAUUAUAUUCUAAUACAAAAAAAUAUAUAUACUUACUUUGAAAUGUCUUUGAAAGUAAUUGAAAUACUUAAAAUAGUAUUUGAACCCAGGUCUGGACCACCUUGACUGCAGCAGUCCCAUCACAUCCAUUGGCUGGGUGUGUGGCAUUUGACUGAAAUGCAAACGCACCUGUCUGGCCUUCUGUCUGUCCAUAGUUUAGGUCCUUGUUUUUGUCUAAUACACUCUUGACUCAGUUACAGCCCUGUGGCACGAUAACACAGUUAUAGAACAAUCCUUUCAUUAGAGAUCUACCUCUCUGCUAAUGAUGUAAUCCUCUCCCUUUGUCUUCAGACCCAUCAAGCCUACAGACAUCCUACCUCCUGAGAGAGGCCACGAGGUGGCUAAGGAGCUGGGCAUUCCCUACUUCGAGACCAGCAUCGUGGCCCAGUUUGGGGUCAAGGAUGUGUUCGACAACGCCAUCCGUUCUGCCCUUAUCUCCCGCCGCCACCUCCAGUUCUGGAAGUCCCACCUGAAGAGAGUCCAGCGGCCCCUCCUCCAGGCCCCCUUCCUGCCCCCCCGUCCACCUCGCCCUGUGGUGGGCAUCCCCGACCCCCCUCCCAUCGACGGAGAGGCCCCUGACUCCCUCCUCUGCCGGCCGCUGUGCGCUGACGUCCUCUUCCUUCUCCAGGGCGGUGCCACGCGCGUCUUUGCACACAAAGUCUACCUGGCCACAUCCUGCUCCAAGUUCUAUGACCUCUUCACCCUGGACCUGCUGGCUACCGAGUCGGAUUGGGAGGGAGAGGAGCGCGCCGAGAGCGGGGAGGAGGACGAGCAGAGCAGGAGAGGAGCCAAAGAGCAGGCGGGGCGCACUAAGAGCUUGGACAUCGAUAAGGAGGGGGAGGGGGGCGCCAGGGGACUCAAACGGCCACCCAUGCUCCAGCAGGGCUCCCUGAGAACUUCCAAAAGUGAUAACGCCCUCCCCGCCAGGAGCCAGUGCCCCCUGGGGCCCCUGGGAGCCGGCCGUGGCCUCUCGGGCUGGGGGAGGGGCUUCCUGAGUGUUUACCUGGAGCACAUAGCUGACCCCGAGACGGGGCGACUUCGCCUCAUGACCGUGGUCUCCAUGGACGUCCUCAUACAGGAAGAACCCUUCCAGGUAAGAUCUGAUAACAACAAAACAAGUCUUGCAAGAUGCUUUGGAUAAUAGCGUCUGCUAAAUCAUUGUAUUAAAUCAUGCAAAACCAGCUACAUCGUGAGGUUCCCAUUCCCAACACUGCUCCAGGGUUGUAUAAUCUUAGUGCACUGUGAAGAAUGCCCCUACUGGUCAUCACAACCAUAACACAUUUUAGGGCAACAAAGACAUUUUAAAAAAAGUCCCUAUAUUCAGUCUGUUAUGAGAACGGUAGCCCCUAUCUACAUGAGCAGGGUGUCUACGGAAAGCUGAGUAUCUUGGCUAUUGAUCGGUGCCUUCAAAUCUUUGGUGUGACUUACUACCAUAUAUGGGCAUAUGAAUUUUUAAGGACAAGCCGAGCCGAUGACCUCAUUUCAAGAUGGCUGCUACCUACAUUCCGGUUAGCGUUGUGAAGAAUAAACAAAAUAAACACGGAAUACGUCAAUACACACCGAAAGCCGGGACUCCACAGAUCAUGGGGCUAUCUUAUUUGUCUGCCUGUGACCUACCGUUAUUAAUCACCAGCCCCGAGAGUCAAAAUGUUUAUUUUACACGUUUUCACCCAACAGCAAACAUCUCACAAGGUAAGCUUUGAUUUGGUCUGUGUUUGAACUAUAGCUACACGGGGAAUAUCAAAUUAAUCCUUAGGUUGGUAGGAACAAGCCUAUUGCCAAUGUUAUCUGAUGAUGUAUGAUUUAAUGGCAACAUCGAAUGUCCACCGAGUUACUAUAUCUUUGCGCAUCAAAAAUAUGAUGUUGCCUGCUUACGCACUGUAGGCAUCCAUUAAACAGGGGAUUGGCUAUUAUGGCACCUUGACAGUCUUGUAGCCAAUGAGAUAAGCUUUCCAGGGAUAUGCAGUUGACCUGGGUUGGACAAAACAAGGUCUAGAACCUUUUUAUGUGUAAUGUGAACUAUUGCUACCUGGCUUAGAGACUUGGAAAUGUCCGUGACCACACCUGACACCACUUACUAAAACAUCUGCCCAUUUUUUUUUCUGAUAUUGUUCACAUGUUAUGGAAGCCAUCUGAUGUGGUUCCAGGUCUAGUCAUCAAUAAUUCACUUAUAGCUUGUCAAUGAAAGAUGACUUUCAAAAUUAAACUGUUAUUUUGUGUGUGCUUGAUCUUGUGAAUUCUGAACUAUGUAACUCCUAUCUGUCUUCUGAUCAUUUCCUCAUAAUCUCCCAGAUGUCUUCUUUCCAAAUAUACCAAGUUUCAGAAUCAUGUAAUUACACAUGAAUAGCAGUUACUUUUGGGUAUGUCUAUAUAGGCAGAAAUCUAAAUUUUGCCAUUAUAUUUACAUUUAAGAGGAGAAUUAAAGGUAAUUAAAGUGAAGUGAAUUCAAACACAUCAAAUGGUGUUUAUUAACUUGAUUUAUACCACUGCUUGGCUUAAUACUCAAUUCCGAUAAGUUGAGAGGGUGUUGAUUCUUUUUUCAACUCUGCGGUGGUUUCAGGCCGUGCUGCAGUACUUGUAUACAGGCAGUCUGGACGAGAGCCGAGGGGACCUGAUGCAGGUGGCCACCAUCGCCGAGCUGCUGGAGGUGUUUGACCUGAGGAUGAUGGUGGCCAAUGUGCUGAACCGGGAGAGCUUCAUGAACCAGGAGAUCACAAAGGCCUUCCACGUCCGCCGAGCCAACCGCAUCAAAGAGUGCCUCAGCAAGGGUACCUUCGCCGGUAAACACACUGCCCCCACUUCUCUUGACUUACUGCGUCCUCAGAGCUAUUGUGUGUUAUGUGUGCGUGUGCGUGUUUGCAUUCAUAAGUGUGUACACACUACAUUUAGCAUUCCCAUGUUAUUCCAAUAUUCUCCCAUUAAUUCACAUGUCUGGAUCUAUGGCCAUGAUAUUGUUUUUCCUAUUUGCAAUAUUUUGUUUGUGUGUCCUGUCCUCCAUGUCAAAAUGAGUCCAUUUGGUGUCAUCGAUCUAAAUAUGUGUUGCUGAGCUUUUCUGCUUUCUCCGUAUGUGUGCCGUGCCCAUGUGUUUCUUUACGUCACUCCUUUCUGGUUCCUUUGUGUGCAUGUUGGCUAUAGCGUUUCCUUCAAGGUGAGAGUGAGAUACUAUCUCUAAAGUAACUGUAGUCUUUUCUACCUUCAGCUGGCCUACCACAGUCCUUAUGUUGUAGUCAUUGUGUCUAUUUCCAUGGGGAUUUGUUUUUCAAUAUAAACUAUAUAUACAAAAGUAUGUGGACACCCCUUCAAAUUAGUGGAUUCGGCUAUUUCAGCCACACCCGUUACUGACAAGUGUAUAACAUCGAGCACACAGCCAUGCAAUCUCCAUAGACAAACAUUGGCAGUAGAGAAUGGCCUUACUGAAGAGCUCAGUGACUUUCAACAGUCAUAGGAUGCCACCUUUCCAACAAGUCAUUUCGUCAAAUUGCUGCCGUGCGAUCUGCCCCGUGUAUUGAUGUUAGAGCUGCUAGAGCUGCCCCGUGUAUUGAUGUUAGAGCUGCUAGAUCUGCCCUGUGUAUUGAUGUUAGAGCUGCUAGAUCUGCCCCGUGUAUUGAUGUUAGAGCUGCUAGAUCUGCCCCGUGUAUUGAUGUUAGAGCUGCUAGAUCUGCCCCGUGUAUUGAUGUUAGAGCUGCUAGAUCUGCCCCGUGUAUUGAUGUUAGAGCUGCUAGAUCUGCCCCGUGUAUUGAUGUUAGAGCUGCUAGAUCUGCCCCGUGUAUUGAUGUUAGAGCUGCUAGAGCUGCCCCGUGUAUUGAUGUUAGAGCUGCUAGAGCUGCCCCGUGUAUUGAUGUUAGAGCUGCUAGAUCUGCCCCGUGUAUUGAUGUUAGAGCUGCUAGAUCUGCCCCGUGUAUUGAUGUUAGAGCUGCUAGAGCUGCCCCGUGUAUUGAUGUUAGAGCUGCUAGAUCUGCCCCGUGUAUUGAUGUUAGAGCUGCUAGAGCUGCCCCGUGUAUUGAUGUUAGAGCUGCUAGAGCUGCCCCGUGUAUUGAUGUUAGAGCUGCUAGAGCUGCCCCGUGUAUUGAUGUUAGAGCUGCUAGAUCUGCCCCGUGUAUUGAUGUUAGAGCUGCUAGAUCUGCCCUGUGUAUUGAUGUUAGAGCUGCUGGAUCUGCCCCGUGUAUUGAUGUUAGAGCUGCUAGAGCUGCCCUGUGUAUUGAUGUUAGAGCUGCUAGAUCUGCCCCGUGUAUUGAUGUUAGAGCUGCUAGAGCUUUUUUAGGGGGUAGAUCAGCUUUAAUAUUUCAGAUCGAUUGUGGCUUCCAUCAGUGUAAUUGUCUGCAUAAUUUCCAAUCCCCCAUAUAUUUGUUUUGUAAAUAGCAUUCGAAAGUAUUCAGACCCCUUGACCUUUUCCACAUGUUGUUACGUUACAUUCUUAAUAUAAAAUGGAUUACAUAGUUUUUUCCCCCCUUAUCAAUCUACACACAAUACCCCAUAAUGACAAAGCAAAAAUAGUUGUUUUGAAUUUCUUUACAAAAACUAAAAUAAUAUCACAUUUACAUAAGUAUUCAGACCCUUUACUCAGUACUUUGUUGAAGCAUCUUGAGUCUUCUUGGGUAUUACGCUAUAAGCUUGGCACACCUGUAUUUUGGGAGUUUCUCCCAUUCUUCUCUGCAGAUCCUCUCAAGCUCUGUCAGGUUGGAUGGGAGUGUCGCUGCACAGCUAUUUUCAGGUCUCUCCAGAGAUGUUAGAUCGGGUACAAGUCUGGGCUCUGGCUGGGCCACUCAAGGACAUUCAGAGACUUUUCCUGAAGCCACUCCUGCGUUGGCUUGGCUGUGUGCUUAGGUUUGUUGUCCUGUUGGAAGGUGAACCUUCGCCCCAGUCUGAGGUCCUGAGCGCUCUGGAGCAGGUUUUCAUCAAGGAUCGCUCUGUACUUUGCUCCGUUCAUCUUUCCAUCGAUCCUGACUAGUCUCGCAGUCCCUGCCUCUGAACAACAUCCCCACAGCAUGAUGCUGCCACCACCAUGCUUCACCUUAGGGAUGGUGCCAGGUUUCCUCCAGACGUGGUGCUUGGCAUUCAGGCAAAAUAGUUUAAUCUUGAUUUCAUCAGACCAGAGAAUCCUGUUUCUCAUGGUCUGAGAGUCCUUUAGGUGUCUUUUGGCAAACUCCAAGCGGGCUGUCAUGUGCCUUUUACUGAGGAGUGGCUUCCAUCUGGCCGCUCUACAAUAAAGGCCUGAUUGGUGGAGUGCUGCAGAGAUGGUUGUCCUUCUGGAAAGUUUUCCCAUCUCCACAGAGGAACUCUAGAGCUCUGUCAGAGUGACCAUCGGGUUCUUGGUCACCUCCCUGACUGUGGGACCUUAUAUAGACAAGUGUGUGCCUUUCCAAAUCAUGUCUAAUCAAUUGAAUUUACCACAGGGGGACUCCAAUCAAGUUGUAGAAACAUCUCAAGGAUGAUCAAUGGAAACAGGAUGCACCUCAGCUCAAUUUGUAGUCCCCUGUAGCUCAGUUGGUAGAGCAUGCCGCUUGCAACGCCAGGGUUGUGGGUUCGUUUCCCACGGGGGGACUUACUAACUGUAAGUCGCUCUGGAUAAGAGCAUCUGCAAAAUGACUAAAAUGUAAAUUUUGAGUCUCAUAGUAAAGGGUCUGAAUACUUGUAAAUAAGGUAUUUCUGUAUUUUAUUUUAUUUUUUGCCAAAAAAUCUAAAAACCUGUUUUCACUUUGUCAUUAUGGGGUAUUGUAUGUAGAUUGAUGAGGAAAACAAAUAUUUAAUCAAUUUUAGAAUAAGGCUGUAACAUAACAAAAUGUGGAAAGUCAAGGGGUCUGAAUACUUUCAGAAUGCACUGUGUGUGUGUGUGUGUGUGUGUGUGUGUGUGUGUGUGUGUGUGUGUGUGUGUGUGUGUGUGUGUGUGUGUGUGUGUGUGUGUGUGUGUGUGUGUGUGUGUGUGUGUGUGUGUGUGUGUGUGUAUAUAUAUUGAUGCCCCACCAGGUGAGAUCUUGCAACUUCUUCCAUUUUCUAAUAAUUGCGCCAACAGUUGUUGCCUUCUCACCAAGCUGCUUGCCUAUUGUCCUGUAGCCCAUCCCAGCCUUGUGCAGGUCUACAAUUUUAUCCCUGAUGUCCUUACACAGCUCUCUGGUCAUGGCCAUUGUGGAGAGGUUGGAGUCUGUUUGAUUGAGUGUGUGGACAGGUGUCUUGUAUACAGGUAACGAGUUCAAACAGGUGCAGUUAAUACAGGUAAUGAGUGGAGAACAGGAGGGCUUCUUAAAGAAAAACUAACAGGUCUGUGAGAGCCGGAAUUCAUACUGGUUGGUAGGUGAUCAAAUACUUAUGCCAUGCAAUAAAAUGCAAAUUAAUUACUUAAAAAUCAUACAAUAUGAUUUUAUGGAUUUUUGUUUUAGAUUCUGUCUCUCACAGUUGAAGUGUACCUAUGAUAAAAAUUACAGACCUCUACAUGCUUUGUAAGUAGGAAAACCUGCAAAAUCGGCAGUGUAUCAAAUACUUGUUCUCCCCACUGUAUAUGGCACAGCUGUAAAUUUUUUGGUCCUUAAAUGAAACUGGUAAACUUUUUUAUUUAUCACAAUUCUUUUUAUAUAUAUAUAUAUAUAUAAAACGCGUUCUCUGGAGUGAUGAAUGACGCUUCACCAUCUGGCAGUCCGACGCACAAAUCUGGGUUUGGCGGAUGCCAGGAGAACGCUACCUGCCCCAAUGCAUAGUGCCAACUGUAAAAGUUGGUGGAGGAGAAAUAAUGGUCUGGGACUGUUUUUCAUGGUUGGGGCUAGGCCCCUUACUUCCAGUGAAGGGAAUUCUUAAUGCUACAGCAUACAAUGACAUUAUAGACAAUUCUGUGCUUCCAACUUUGUGGCAACAGUUUGGGGAAGGCCCUUUCCUGUUUCAGCAUGACAAUGCCCCUGUGCACAAAGCGAGGUCCAUACAGAAAUGGUUUGUCGAGAUCGGUGUGGAAGAACUUGACUGGCCUGCACAGAGCCCUGACCUCAACCCCAUCGAACACCUUUGGGAUGAAUUGGAACGCCGACUGCGAGCCAGGCCUAAUCGCCCAACAUCAGUGCCCGACCUCACUAAUGCUCUUGUGACUGAAUGGAUACAAGUCCUCGAAGCAAUGUUCCAACAUCUAGUGGAAAACCUUCCCAGAAGAGUGGAGGCUGUUAUAUCAGCAAAGGGGGGACCAACUCCAUAUUAAUGCCCAUGAAUUUGUAAUGAGAUGUUCGAUGAGCAGCUGUCCACAUACUUUUGGUAAUGUAGUGUACCUCUUGAAUAUAAAUGAUUUACUCGCUCUAGUGGUUUCUAUGCCCCAUGAAGAUUAGCGUGUCCUAUAGGUCUGCCCUAGGGAUUGGUUUAGUUUUUUCAAAGAAUGCUUCCUCUUUCGAAUGACAUCUUUCGGCCUCCAAACAGAAUAAAGGGACAGUCAGAGCCCUUCAAAGGUCUAUAUAGGUUUCAAACUUAGUACCUCAACUCUGCUUGACACUGUGUGCCAGCGUGUCCCUCCCUUACACCCUGUGUCAAAUAGAGCUCUGUCUAUCUGUCACUGUAUCUCUCGGUCUGUCUACCCGUCUCUGUGUGCGUCUGUCUGUCUGCGUUUGUCUGUGUUUGUGUCCUUCUAUCUGUCUGUCUUCCCCUCUCUCUGUAACCUCGACUCCGUGGCUCACUACGAGAUGAGUGCUCAGUGUUUUCCCUCCCCCGGUUUUAGAUGUGGUGUUCCGCCUGGACGAUGGAUACAUGCCGGCCCACAAACCCCUGCUCAUCUCCAGCUGCGACUGGAUGGCCGCCAUGUUCCGGGGAUCCUUCAUGGAGAGCUACAUCGAGGAGGUGAGUCAGGAG